UUCACUGAAGAGAGAGACACGCGCAGCUAGUCCUCAUAAGCUUUCAGCAAUAUGAAAAUCAAGGCACUGGCUCUUUUCAUUUCAGCAAUGAUCUGCCAGUCUACAGCUAUGAGAGCAUCAUUCACUGGCAUGGAUACACCUGAGCAAACAGGCACUCCAGAUUCCAAAUCCAAAAGACUUCAGCAUUACCUUUCUAUGGAGCGGAGGGAAUCCGAUGAACCCAGCAUUUCGGACGACUCGAGCCUAUGCUUUUUCAUCAAAGAAAAGGAUGAAUCGAGUCACAUUUCCUGCAAACAUCGAUUAACACGCAGCAAAUUCAACUACAACCCAUUUGGGCUGCGCUUUGGCAAGCGCAACGGCGCGUUAAGUGUUACGGACAGAGCCAAAUACAAGCACCUGUUGCCAAUAAUGCUUUACUUGAGCAAACAAUUAGACACUUCCUGAAAAUCCCUCUCUUCUUCGGAUACAAGGAUGCUUGGUUGGUUCAAAACUGUGGGUAUUUAUUUCAGCCUGUUAUUCUGCCUUUAACUUCAGAUAUGGAGGUUUAUGGACUUGUUUGCCAUUCAGUUAUUGUAUUUGUGGCAUAGACGUUUUGUAUUGUUUGAUCACAAAGGUGUUGAACAUCU